AUGCCUAUCCCUACUUCUGGCGUUCCCAAGCCGGCCGAGACUCCUGCUCUCGAAGACCCUUUUGUGGACACUGAGCCCGCCAAUCCUGGCCGCCCCGAAGUCCGCAUGAACGGCAACAGCCUUUUGAUGCUGGUGAUCACUCCCAACACUCGUAUCACGGUCCCUGGCACCAAUGGCGAGACCGCUUCGACUAUCCGCAUGCAGGAGUAUUGCCAGAAUGCCUCUCGUGGCCUUGGAAGCUUUUCGCUUCCCCGAGGCUCUAUCAUCAAUGUCCUUGAUGAGACUACGGGUUCGUAUGCGAACAUCCGACCCACAGCUGUGGCUCAGCGUCUUCUCACUACCCACGCUGUUCCCGGUGCCAACGGUCCUGGCGCAAUCGAGAUCUCUGCGGUGGACAUGGCCGCCAUCAAGGCUGCCAGUGUCGAUGCUCCCGCGAAUCCGCUGUACUUCGAGGACUUCGUUGCCUUGAACGGCCAGUUCUUCGCCGGCUACACUCUGCCAUCUGACAAGGUUGUCAACACUGCCAACCUCCAGAGCAUCGUCAUUGACGGAACAGCCGUGGUGUUCCACAUCGUCGUGGCUUUCACCUACUUUCCGCACAUCCUGGAUGCAUCCUUCGCAUCCCAGCUGGCUGGAGAGUAUGAUGCCACCACUGUGGCUAUCCUUCUUCUCGGCUUCUACCACAACGACCACAAGCACUCCCUUGCUGCUGAUGUAGUUGACAAGGCCCAGCUUCGCAAGUUGUACAAGUUCUGGCUCGAGCUGAACCCUCAGCUUGAGAUGACUCUUGUUGAUGCCGUCUGGGAUUCUUUCGACGAGGUCGUCUUCUCGGCUUGA